AUGAGAAUAAUUUUGUUUUUAUAGAUAUUUGGUUACGUAAUUUGUGAAGUAUCAAACAAAAAUACUUUUGACAAAGACGAUACUUAAUCAGUUUAUCAUUUUCUGAUUGAAAAUUAGAAUUAGUUAAUACUUGGAUAAUGGUCAGCAAGCUCAGAACACCUAGUUUACUUAAACAUAAUUUUUGACAACUAAAACUUAUUAUUAUAAGUUUAUCCUAAACAUCAUGAUGAUUAGAGUGAAACCAAUCAUUUUAGAUUAAGUUAUUCAUUAAGUAAUAGUUCAUAUCACUUUGAUUCAGUCAAAAAGUAUCUGUAUUUUAUUACUAAUUUAGUCGUAUGACAUGGUAUAAUGUCUUUGCUGAAGUUACUUUACAAAAUUAGAAGAAUCAUACUCCUUUUUCAUGUUUAGCCACACUUUAACUAGAAACUCAUAAAUAUUAAAAUUCUAAGAAUCUUAACAUUUAUAGUGAAUUUCAUAAAGAUUGUUAUCUAACUGAAGAAAACAUUAAACUAUUUAUUUUUAACAACUCAAAAUAUUCUUUACAAGUUUAAACAUACUCAAUGCUUAUCAUAUGCAUUUCACUAUUUCAAAUUAUUAAUUCACAAUAUUAUUUAAAUUAAGACCCUUAACCAAAUUAAGGUGGUUUACUUACUAUGUCUAUAAUACUAAUUUAAGAUAUUUACAUAUGUAUAUUUAGUUCACUACUUUUUGAUACUUCAAGAUUUUAUUAUUUUUUUCCAUGUUUAAUUUGCCAAUUGAUUACUAUUUUAUUUGAUCUAAAAUUGAAAGCCAAAUUAUCAGUAAUUAUUUUAUAUUAUUUAUAGCUUAAAGAUAAUUAUACUAAAAAGGAAAUCCUUUUAUUUCUAGGUGAAAUGCUAUCCAUCGCAUAUUUAUUCCUUCAAAUAAAAUACUCGUAUGGAUUGAUCCUUCUAAAUUUGUUUUUAUUGCCUUAAAUAAUAUUCACAUCAUUUACUGGAAAACGAUAGAAAUUCAUUUAUAACUACAUUGGAGUAAUAUUCCCAAGAGUUGUCUUUUCCUUAUACUUUACAGGCUGUUCUAAUAACAUUUUAUUAUUAUAAUAUAAUUAAGUAGUUAUUGGAGUAAUCUUACUUAUAAUUCUAAUUUAAUUCAUUCUAUACUUUUGUCAAUGCCAAUAUGGAUUAUUUAUACUAUAAAGUUUUAAAUUUAAUUACUUCAUUAAAUCAACAGAUGAAUAUUCCAAAAAUGAUUGUUCAAUUUGCUUAGUUAAUUUAACUAUCGCUUCAGCAUAUAACCUAAAUUCUGAAGAACCAGUUCUUAUUUAGACAGUUAAUAUGGCCACUUAGAAAUAAUUAUUAAUGAAUACUCCAUGUGUAAGAAAUUAUUUUUAUUCCUAGAAUCAUGUAUUUCAUCCUCCAUGUUUAAUAUAAUGGAUGUAGAUAAAUCUCACUUGUCCAUUAUGUAAAAGUUCAAUUCCAUAAAUAUGUUGA